UUUUGAUACAAGGUUAAGGCAUGUUGCCCGCAAUGUCGCUGAUGAUAAUGAAUCUAGAUUCAGUGUUAAUAGAAGAUACUCUCGAGAAGUUAGUGACGUUUAUGGUACGCGAACAAAUGUAGAACGUACUAUGGAUCUACGAAGACAACGUUCCAAUACUAGACAAGAAAGAGAUCAUUUAUCACGGGAUUCGACAGAACGUGGUAAUCGUCGACACGCUACCGAUUCCCGACUUGUAAGAUACGAAAAUGAUGCUAGAUUAUCUGCAAAUACUAUAAACAGGGAGAAUCGUAAACUUUCUUUGUCUAUGGAUCGAGUUGAUAUGCGAGAUCGGCGGAAUCCUCAAGCACGCAUUAAUGUAAGACGUAGUAUGGAAUCGAAAGCACGUUUUGUCGCCGAACGCCCUGAAACCAGACGCCACCAAGAAGAACAAAGUUCCCGUUUAGAUGUCUCACGAUUACGAAGCCUAUCAGAUCUUGAAGCUAGAGUCUCUCGCCGAAUAGAUGAUACUGUUCGCUCUACAAACUUACAACGAACUCGCAUGACUAGAGAAAUUCAAUAUACACGCAGCAUUGAACAGAAUAUGGAAUCCCGUGUAUUUAGAGAACGAGAACAUUCCCGCCGCAGUCUCCAUCGUGAGGUUGCAUACGCUCCUGAAGAGAUCCGAAGUGUUCGUCACAGUUCUGAACGCAUUUUUGUUGCCCGUGACCUGCAACAAAACGAAAGACAUGAGACAGAACUUUUCAGAAAUCUGAACACUGAGCGCACGAAUGUUCGACGCAAUUUUAAUGAACUGUCUCAAAGAACCUCAGACCGUAUUGAAAAUUAUAGAAUUGUACGCGAUAUGUCUCGCUUUGACGAACGACGCAAUGUUAAAUCAAGAUUUACAAGUUACCCUACAGAACAACGUGAGAAUAGACGAAAUGACGAAAGGAGAUUUAUGCAAAAUGAAAAUAGGCUAAGAGACUUUCAAAGUCGCGAAAAUAUCCGCCAAGAACAUAGCGUGUCUGAUGUAACACAACGUACAAGGAUUAUUCGCGAACUCUCCGAAAAAAUUAGGAAAAGCGCAGACGAAGGUAUCAUCAGAAGCGUAUCCGAACGAGGUAUUCCUGGCGGAAGAAUUUCCAAAAUGGAACGCACUAAUAAUCGCGACAGCAUUGUUCGCAAGACGUCUGAACGGGUCAAAUCUAUCGAAAAGCGACAAGAUUUUCGAACCGUACGACGAAAUGAACGCGAUCUAUCAAGAUCUAUUCGAUUGGAUUUACGCCAAAACGAUUUGAAAUCGAUUAAUCGUCAAGUCAGGUCUUAUAGAGUAGAUACAGACUCCCGAUCUAAGUUGGAAGGUCAACUAAAUAAUAUUUUAACAUUGGGUACAAAUGACAAACGUAAUGCGAUGGACAAUGACCAGCGUAAGGAAGAUGGAUCGUAUAUUUUGAACUGGCAACACUUUUUCUACAUUAUACAAGGACUGUAUCUGUGCAGCGUACUUCUACACGUUCACAUUAACGAUACAAAAUCUAAAAUAAUAUCAAGGAACUUCGGCUGGUGGAAAUCAAUGUACGGCUUGAAAUUGGACUAGGAAGUGCAGACCCUCGGCUGUUGUAUACCCAAUGAUAAUGAAUAAUUGUAUCAAAACUCAUUUAACCUAAUGCAUAUGUUGUAGCAAAAAUAAAUAUUUAUUCUGUUACUUUGACAUUUUAUUAU